GGGGGGCUAUAUCAACUGACCACCCCGGCCCAGGGGGUACCAGCAAAAGGUGUAAAACGGCGAGACAAGAGACUGUUUUCAAUACCCAACCAUUUGAUUUAGCCACCAUGAAACGACGGUCCCUGUCGGGCAACUGCGGUGUUGGAGUGUUUGUGAUCGCACUGGUGACGAUACUGGUCGCGUUUGCCACACCGAGCUGGUUGGUGAGCGACUAUCGCAUUACCGGCGCCAAGCUGGACCGGCUGGGCCUGUGGACGCACUGCUUCCGUUCGCUGCCAGACGUGAACGAUGACUAUCAGCGUCGCUUUUUCGUCGGUUGCCGCUGGGUGUAUGACCCGUUCACGACCGGAUACGACGAGAUCCGUGGAUUUCUCAUCCCACCUUUCAUGGUUGCAACGCAGUUCUUUUACACGCUCUGUGCCAUAGGUGUAAUAUUGGCGAUGGUGUUGGUACUACUGUACUUUCUUUGUGCCGGCCCAGAUCAAAAGUUCUUUGUCAAACUCAUCAAGGCAAUCAGUUACAUUACGUUGGCGGCCUCGAUCUGCGGCAGCAUUGGUGUGAUCGUAUUUGCCUGCUUCGGCAACAAGGACAAGUGGAUGCCGGAACACGCGAACAAUUGGUUCGGAUGGUCGUUCAUCCUAGCCUGCAUCGGUGUUGUUGCGUGUGCCGUUUGUUCCUCGCUGUUCUUUACCGAGGCGCACGUGCAGGCCCGUAAACGACGACAGCUGAAGGAAUCACAAACGCAAUUCCAGAUGGACAGUGAGUCGAAAGCCUAAAGCGGUGUUUCCGUUUCGUUAAGGCCUGCAGGGAGAAAUCGUUCGAUAAAAACGCACAUCUGUAAAGUCUAUUUGAUGCACAAAACGACUUGCGGCUUGGCAUAGCAUAACUAAGUGUCCCCCAAACGAAUACGAAUCAUAUUCCAUAUCCCAUCGAUCAAUCGAAUUCAUCAUCGCAAAGUACAACAGUUAACAAUGGGGUACCGGUUCGGUUUUGACUUUAGCUGCUGACGAAGAGGCGGAAAAGGUUUGCGUUUUCUGUCGCUAGUGGGAGUAUAGUGGAGCAAUAAGGGAAAUGUACUAGUUUAGGAAUGAUUAGUCUGUCGUUGUAGGGCAAUCUCAAUCAGCAUACCGUCCAAGCCGAUGCUAUACAAGUGUCUUCUACUUUUUAAUAAGGAAAAAGCUAUGUUUUCGUAGUAUAUGUCUUAAUUUUACGUUUCAUGGAACUCGUCCGUCCAAUUUUAGUAUUAUAAACAUCUCUGUUUUAACAGUUUUUGAAUAAUUCUAUGUUCGAAUCACGGUUGCCAAUAGAGAGAGAGAGAGGUAGGGAAAAAAGUUUUAAUGUGUAAAAAAGAAUAUUAAACCUACGAACACAAGACUUGUCUGCGGAAUGCUUGCCUUGUUGUUUGUAGUUCGAUUGCAUUUGAUUAAUGUUGGCAUACCCACACGGGACACAUUCACAAUUCAUACCGGCAAAGGGCACAUCAAAGGAAUUUGUUUCCAAAUUCAGCCUUAAUAAAGAUAUACAUGCUCCGGACAUUUGGUACACAACCAUUCCAGCUUACAACCGUAAUAUCAGCGCAAUUCCACAUUCCAUUAACCAUAAACAAUAAAUUAUGAAUUAAUGAUCAUUUUCGAUAUGUUACAACGAAUCACGAGGCGGUGUGAAUAUUGGGCCUUACUGGAAAUGUGAAUAUAUAUAAAGCUUGCACAAUGUUUUAUACAAUCAUCAUGCUCGACAGUGUGACAAAAGCAACAAAAAUAUGUAAAAUGUGUUCAGGGCAGGCAGGAGAACGAUUUUUAAGUAACA